AUGGUAACGUUGAGGUGGAAGGCUUGUCCAGAGCGAGAUGCUGCCAUAGCUGAACAGACAAAGUGUUGUCACUUGGAAGACGCUUUCAAUGAUUACUGGGAAGAACAACAAGCAGACAAGACCAUAUCCAUUACAGCACUACUAUCCCAACAACUUCACAAAAGACCAAUAGAACUAGAAUAUCGAGCAGCCGCCUUCAAUAUUUCACAAUCCUACUCAACAAACCAAAGCAACAAUAAUUCCGAAGAAACAACUCAAGAUUCCCUCAUUCAGUCAUCAAAUUCCUUAGUGAUUGAUCAACGCCUAACACUACCAGAAUUCCAUGGCAACUCAUCGGAAUUCGGUUCAUUUUGGGAGCUCAUUGAAGAACUCGUUAACAAACAACCCUACUCCAAUAUAAGAAAGCUCUCCACUGUUCUCAGUUGCUGCAAAGGGGACGCAGCUAUAUGCCUACAGAUGAUUCCUCGAAUAGGGGACUCAUAUGAAAAUGCAACUGAACAAUUAAGAGAUCAACAAAUGAACCAAGGAGAAUAA